AUGACAACCUCGUGGAGUGACCGACUCCAGAAUGCAGCGGAUCUCCCUGCAAACAUGGAUGGGCAUGCUCUGAAAAAGUACCGCCGGGAAGCUUAUCACCGGGUCUUUGUAAACAGAAGUUUAGCCAUGGAAAAGAUAAAGUGCUUUGGUUUUGAUAUGGAUUAUACACUUGCUGUGUAUAAAUCCCCUGAAUACGAAUCUCUUGGAUUUGACCUGACCGUAGAAAGAUUAGUUUCCAUUGGAUACCCUCAUGAGCUGCUCAAUUUUGUGUAUGAUCCUGCAUUCCCUACCAGAGGCCUGGUGUUUGAUACCCACUAUGGAAACCUGUUGAAAGUUGAUGCCUAUGGGAACCUGCUCGUGUGUGCACAUGGCUUUAAUUUCCUCAGAGGGCCUGAAACACGGGAUCAGUAUCCAAAUAAAUUUAUCCAGAGAGAUGACACAGAUAGGUUUUACAUUCUGAACACCUUAUUCAAUCUACCAGAAACAUACCUAUUGGCUUGUCUAGUGGAUUUCUUUACUAACUGUGACCGGUACACUAGCUGUGAAACGGGUUUUAAGGAUGGAGACCUCUUCAUGUCCUUCAGGAGUAUGUUCCAGGAUGUCAGAGAUGCUGUUGACUGGGUUCAUUACAAGGGAUCGCUCAAGGAAAAGACGCUUGAGAAUCUGGAAAAGUAUGUGGUGAAAGAUGGGAAGCUGCCGCUGCUGCUCAGCCGCAUGAAUGAAGUUGGGAAGGUGUUUCUCGUCACAAACAGUGAUUAUAAAUACACAGAC